UAUUCGACUUUGAACUGUUAGCAGUCUUCCUUUCGAUCUCAUCGUUGUGUCGUAAACCAAAUAAUUUCGUGGAUUUUGCAGUGGGAAUGCGAAACUAAGCUUAAAUUGCUCCGUGAUUGUGUGGAAGAACUUGACGAUGCCAGUCAAUUCGAAGUCAACGACUAGUCGACAUACUUGACUCAAAUCAGAGAACAAUCUGGUGGCACAAAGAAAGUGGUUUUGAAGUCUCUAUAUAUUGGAUGCAUUGCCGUAGCAAUCCUGCGCCCAGGGCUCGUCUCUUCCCAGCAAAUGGCUUCGGCUGCUCUCUUAAUCUGCUCUUCUGUUCUGUUCCUGAGUCACUGUUCUUCCCUUGCUAACGGAGAAGACGCUCAGAGCUACCACGUGGUUCGAAAUCAUAAUUCGAGUCCCGAAGUUGUCUGCUCCUCAUCCAAGGGAUCUAACGCCACCGCCUUCCCGUUGGUGCAUCGGCAUGGACCCUGCUCCCCCUUCGACGACAAGAAACUGCUAUCGCUAGAAGAGAUUCUUCUGAAAGACCAACUUAGAGUCAACUAUCUCCGGCGAAGUGCCUUGAAGUCUUCCGCCAAGCCACAGGUCGAUGAUUCCAAGGCAAGCAUCCCCGCGGAGUACGGAGGAGGGGAGUACGUGAUCACAGUCGGCUAUGGCACCCCCAGCCGAGAGCAGACUGUGACGAUGGACACCGGGAGCGACCUGAGUUGGAUCCAAUGCAAACCAUGCUCCGCGUGCUACUCGCAGCAGGAGCCGAUCUUUGACCCAUCCCAAUCAUCCUCCUACACCGCGAUCCCUUGCAACUCGCAGGACUGCAGUCAGCUCCGAAGCAGCUGCUCCAGCUCUUGCGCUUAUGGCAUCACCUACGGCGAUGGGUCGACCACUUCAGGAGUCUACAGCUACGACAGACUGACGCUGUCGCCAAACGACGUGAUCGAGGACUUCCUCUUCGGGUGCGGCACCGACAACGAAGGGCUGUUCCAAGACACCGCAGGGCUCGUGGGUCUCGGCCGCGGCAAGCGCUCUCUGGUGUCCCAAACGUCGCAAGUUUACCACUCGGUCUUCUCCUACUGCCUUCCUUCGACUCCCAGCUCCACCGGGUUCCUGAAACUGGGCGAACCUGGUGACGCCUCCAACACCGUUUACACUCGAAUGCAGACCAGCUCCAAUCAUCCAAGCUUUUACUUCGUUGACCUGAUCGGAAUCAGCGUCGGUGGGCAGCAACUGGCCAUUUCGCCAUCGGUUUUCUCGUCCCGUGGCACGAUCAUCGACUCUGGCACUACCAUCACUCGCCUCCCGGCGUCGGCCUACGGAGCCCUGAGGUCUGCGUUCCGGAGCUACAUGUCCCAGUACCCUGCCGCGCCUCCUACGCGAGUACUCGAUACCUGUUAUGACUUCAGCGGCCACGAGACCAUAACAGUCCCCAAAGUAGCGCUGCACUUCGAUGGAGUCACACUGGAUCUCGACACAUCUGGGAUCCUCAGGCAUGACUGCUUGGCUUUUGCUGGGUACGAGGGCGGUAGCUUCGGAAUCAUUGGCAACGUGCAGCAGCAAACGUUUGAAGUGGUCUAUGAUCUAGGAAACGAGAGGAUUGGAUUUGUGCCGCAGGCUUGCAGCUGAUUGAUUCACCACGCAACCACCUGCUCUUCGUUUUCAGCAUCAAUAAGAACAAUGGGUGACAAAAUGAAGACACCCGGAGUCAGUAUGUUCAUAUAGUAUAGAUUCUGUUCCUCUGAAUCUAUUAUCAGUAUGUUUUGUCUCCUUUUGUCCGUAAAGUUGAAUUUGGCAGUCAUUCUUCA